GUGGCCGAGGGGCGGGGCCACUAAGAGGAGACCAAGAGGCGGGGGCUGCACUUGAGGACCAGCCUGCUGAGAUGGCACAUUUUGUGCCCUCCCCGCCUCCAAAUUGCCUCAGUUACAAAUCGGAAGGCAGGCUUGGUGACCAGGACUGGCAAGCACAUUUUAAAGUCCCAUGCUGUGGGGUUGAUCCAUCUCAACUUGAGUCAGAAGAGGCAGAAGUGGAUGUGAGAGAAAGAGACACACAGAGAGACAGAGAGCCAAAGAGGGCAAGAGACUUGACUUUAAGAGACUCCUGUACUGACAACUCCAUGCAGUUCGGAACCAGAACGACUGCGGCUGGACCAGGGUUCAUGGGGACAUGGCAAAACGCUGAUACUAACCUCUUAUUCAGAAUGUCCCAACAGCAGAGGACAAUGAAACAACAUCAACAUACAACUUUCCACAAUGGAAACUUCUUAAUGACUGAAGAAGGUGCCUGUCAUGCUAUUUCAACAUUCCGUUCUAGUUCCCACUUAACCAUAGCAGAAGAGAUUAUUACAAGAAACAAUUUCAGUUUUUUAUUUAACUUCAUUGUUACAAAUAGUUUCACUCACUGUAAUUAUUUUAUGUUAUGUAUUACACAUAUUCUUAUCUAUUUUAAUGAAUGUUAUUAAGUUAUGUUAUUGCUUGGACUUCAGUGUGCCUGACUCUUGAUUCUACACAGUAUUUGGAAGAUUGCAUUUACAGUACUCCCUUCCACUUCUGUUAAUCAGGCACCUGAUUUCAUGUGACAGGUCCUCUAGAAUCACUUAAUAAAUUUUUUCUUCCAAACUACAAAAGAAUGUCACUCUAAGUACUGCUCAAUAAAUGAAAGUUAUUUGACCAAAUUCUUCCAGAUUCUUAACAUAAAACUCUCCCCAUAUUCUGAACCAACAACUAAGGGAUACACAUGGUUCCAGCCAAAAUAUGUCAGAGGAGUUCCUUGUCGUGAAUUAGUGGGAAGAGAGGCCCUCGGUUCUGUGAAGGCUCAGUAGAUGCCCCAGUGUGGUGAAAUCAGUGGGGGGUGGGGGUGGAUGGGAGUAGGUCAUGUGGAGGGAUAU